GCAUGAGUACAGCAUCCCCCUCCGGACAGAACGGAGGAGGGAGAUUAUUCCGGAGUUGCCGGAGAAAGAAAUUAUUUGGAAGGGUCUCUGGACCCCCCCAUCCCCCAUUGCCAAAUGCAGGAGCCAGUGACCUUUGAAGAUGUGGCCGUGUAUUUCACAGAGGGCCAAGGGACCCUGCUGGAUCCAGAUCAAAAGGCCUUGUACAGAGAUGUCAUGCUGGAGAACUACAGGAACGUGGCCUCUUUGGGAUUUCCGUUUGCCAAGCCUGAUCUCAUCUCCCGGCUGGAACGAGGGGAAGAGCCGUGGGAGCCGGAUUUUCAAGGUUUGGAUGAAACUGAGAACUCCAGCGCGAACUCAGCAGAUGAGAGUUGGAAAAAGGACUCUUACAUCACGUGGGUGACACAUCUUACUCAGAAAUCAAGUCAUGCCAGGUAUAAGCGACUUCACACAGGAGAGAAACCCUACACAUGCUUGCAAUGUGGAAAAUGUUUUCCUUUGAAAUCAAAACUUGUGAUGCACCAGAGUGACCACACAGGGGUCUUUAAAUGCCUGGAAUGUAGAAAGUGUUUUACUCAGAAAUCAGAUCUCACGAUUCAUCAAAGAAUCCAUGCAGGAGAGAAAUCAUACCAAUGCUUGGAGUGUAGAGAAUGUUUUUCUCAUCCAUCACACUUGGUAAAACAUCGGAGAACCCACACAGGAGAGAAACCGUAUCAGUGCUUGCAAUGUGCGAAAUGUUUUGCCCAGAAGCCAUAUCUCAUGACACAUCAGAGAGUCCACACAGGAGAGAAACCAUAUAAAUGCUCCGAGUGUGGAAAGUGUUUUGCCCAGAAAUCACAUCUCAUGAGACACCAGAGAGUCCAUACAGGAGAGAAGCCGUAUAAAUGCAUGGAGUGUGGUAAAUGUUUUGCCGACCAUUCCAUCUUCGCAAAACAUCAGAGAACCCACACAGGAGAGAAACCAUAUAAAUGCUUGGAGUGUGGGAAAUGUUUUGCUCGAAAAUCAGUACUCAUGAACCACCAGAGACUCCACACAGGAGAGAAACCAUAUCAAUGCUUGGAGUGUGGGAAAUGUUUUGCAUGGCAAUCUUAUCUCACAGAUCACCAAAGAGUCCAUACAGGAGAAAAGCCAUACAGAUGCUUGGAGUGUGACAAAUGUUUUGCCCGGAAAUCACAUCUCAUGAUACACCAGAGAGUCCACACGGGAGAGAAACCGUAUAAAUGCUCCGAGUGUGGGAAAUGUUUUGCCAACCGUUCCGUCUUUGCGAAACAUCAGAGAGUCCACACAGGAGAGAAACCAUAUAAAUGCUUGGAGUGUGGAGAAUGUUUUGCUCGGCAUUGGUAUCUCACGGACCACCAGAGAAUCCAUACAGGGGAGAAACCAUAUCAAUGCAUGGAGUGUGGGAAAUGUUUUGCUGACCGUUCCGUCUUCGCAAAACAUCAGAGAACCCACACAGGAGAGAAACCAUAUAAAUGCUUGGAGUGUAGGAAAUGUUUUGCCUGGAAAUCACGUCUCAAGAUACACCAGAGAGUCCACACAGGCGAGAAACCGUAUAAAUGCUUGGAAUGUGGGAAAUGUUUUGCCGACCCUUCUGACUUCUCAAAACACCAGAGAGUUCACACAGGCGAGAAACCAUAUAAAUGCAUAGAAUGUGGAAAAUGUUUUGCUCGGCAGUGGUAUCUCAUGCAGCACCAGAGGGUCCACACAGGAGAAAAACCAAAUAAAUGCUUAGACUAGAGUGUAGGAAAUGUCUUUCUUUUAAAUCAGUCCUUCUCAGUCACCAGAGAGCCUAUGUGGAUAAGAAACCUUAUGAAUGUUCCAAGACAUUUCCUGUACAGCAGAGAACUAUGCAUGUACUCUUGAUAUCUGAGAAUGUGCAGGUGAGCGGUUUUUUUAAUUGUAUACUUACGGCCAUCAGAAGACAUAUUAACUCGUGUGGGUCCCAUAUACUAAGCUAAAAUAGAGGUGGGUGAUGGGAAUGGAUCAGUUGUCAGGAAACCAGGAACAAAGACAGUGCUCUUCUCUCUGACUUCAGGAAUGUAAUAGGAUAAUACAUAUCUUCUUUCCAAAUUUAAAAUACUGAUAUGCUGUCUUUCUGCCUAUAAAAUAUGCUUGUCCCACACUGUGGGAUGCUCUAGCUACUACAUAAGGGCGGAAAAUACCCUUUCUUCAGUCCUUUGAUACUUCUGAUGCGUUGGCUCCUCAGAUGUCCCUGAGAUGUUGUCUUAUUGCAAUAUUGGGAACUUCUCCCCCAUGUUAGGAUAGUGCUGUUUGAAAAUGGGAUUAAUUUAAGAACAUUUUCACUUUUUAUAUAAUAUUCUCUUUCAAAAACUUACUGUUUUUUUAAAAGAAAUCCUUAUUAAAUUUCCAAAUUCCAGAACACCCUCUCCCUUUUAAUGUAUUUAAUGUAUUGAUCAGCACAUGCUUCGAAGAAAGCACUAUAAAAUCCAGUAGGGCUCACCGAAGGAGAAUGCCUAAAACAAGUGACAGAACCUUGUCUGAAGCCCAGAGAGCAGAGAGUCCCUUUUCAGCCUAGUAGGGUGUGGGUUACUUUGGGCCCUCCUAGCUGCACAGAGGUGCUUUUCCAGGCACAUUCUGCCCUUUGCAUUGCUCUCUGCUUGGAAGUCCACCCUCUCAUUUCAGUCUGGCUUGUCAAGAUGGAGCUCAGCACUUAAUCAUGUCAUAUAUGGGGAGUGCCCCAUAGCUGUGUUGGAGCUCCUGCUCUGGAUAUAAAAGGCCCCAGGUUGGAACCGUAGCAUCUCCAGGCAAAAGGAAUCGGGUAACAGGUGAUAGAAAAGGCCUUUCUUUCUUGUCCUGAGGCCCUGGAGAGCUACUACCAGGCAGAGCAAACCAGCCUUUCCCCAACCUGGUGCCCUCCAGAUGUUUUGGACAACAACUCCCGUCAGCCCCCAGCCAGCAAAACAUCGGGAGGGUGCCAGUUUCAGGAAAGGCUAGAGUAGACUCUUUCCCAGUUGUUGAAGGGGAAUUUUGAGGUUCGCUGGACCGGGAGUCCUUGAGGAAAUUGAAGACACAGGCUUGCAGCAAAGUUAGGCCUUUAUUGGUUAUGUGUGCAUGGUCAGUCUCCCAUGAUGUUGGUGGAGAGCUGCGACAUGGCACUGCUUGCCUGGGUUUUUAUACAUUCCAGGACAAAGACUUUAGCAGUAACGAAUCAGGAGGUUACACAUCGGCAUUACAUAGACAUUGCAUUGGCAUUGCAUUAUGUUCUAGUCAAUUUGGCAAUGUUCAGAACUUCACAUACCAGUACUUUUAGGCUAUGAGCUAAGCAUUUCAGUUAAUGCAAUCCUUUCUACGUCUUGGAGACUACAGGAAUGUUCAGUGUCUGUUCAGUGUUAUAGAGUUCAAGCUGUACCAUCUCAGCUCAGUCAGGGAAGACAUCUCUGAAAAGAAAAAGGUUCUGGCUGGCUAUUAAACUAUUAAAAUAUUAUAAACCUUUAUAGCUUUAUAAAAGAACAUAUUUUGCUUAUUGUUUGUAUAUAAAAAAUCCCCAUCAUUGUGACCUUUAGAUUGUAAGCCUGUGGGCAGGGAGUGUCUUGUUUGUUGUUUUUAUUAAUAUUUUGUAAGCCACUUUGGGAACCUUUUUGGCUGGAGUGAGGUAAAAAUGGCUAUAAAUGAAUGAAUGAAUGAAUUUUCUGUCCUUCCUCCCAUAUGAGCCCAGGGCAGAAAACACAUCAGUGAUAAAACAAUACAAAUGCAUUGAAAAUUCAGUGUGAGCAAAUUGAAGUAGUCAGAAUUAUUCAAGAUACAGAGCCGUUAAACAUUCAUUAUUGGUGAGAUAUCUUUUCAGGCUGGAGUCCAUCCAUGAAAAAUAUACUGAACAUAGGAUGGCAUCCUGUGUUAACAUUUCUUAUAAUUGUUAUAAUAUUACUGUUAUUAGUAUGCAUUCUAUAUGCACGAAGUACCAAACUGUAUCAGAAUAUCCAGGCCUUAAUCUGGCAGAAUAAUGCCAGAUGCCUUAAUCAGUUAUGAAGGAAGCAAGUGUACCAAGGGGUAGAGUUGUAUUGGCAUCUCAUGGAAUAUGGGUGUAUACAUAGAGGGGAUUAGUUAUUGGUACAUCACAUGCUAGGGAUACCUUUGGGCUGAAGGCAUGUAACAGGUUAAUGCUUAUUAUUCUGUAAAAUAGUCUUACUAUUCUCUAAAAUAUUGGUAUAUUAUGUAUGGAGAUGGAACUGCUGCUCAGAGCAUGGGAAUGUUGAUCAUUUGUCUCUUUCAAAGCUAUGAGAUUACCAUAAUCCCACAGUAUCCACCUGGUACUUGUACCAGGCAUGAUGGUUGGUCCGUUAUCUGUCUUGGCUACUUGCCACAAAGUAAGUGCUGUUUUGGCCUUGUGAAAGAAUAAACAUUGUCACAAGCAUUAAUGUAUAACCCAAAUAGGUGUGAUUAAUUGCAUUUGAUUAUAUAAUGCCCUGCAAAACCCUCUGAUGUGGAACCCAGCAUAGACCAUCGAUCACAGUGCUAUGUAUUCAAGCUACAGCGAUCCUUUCACUGUUCUGAGGAUUCCCAGUUAGCUACAGGGAUGUGAGAGUAAUAAUCUUUAUGUUUUCUGUAUGGUUUUCAUAAGUAGCUAAAUAAACCCUUAACUUUUCAUUUCAUUUGUGUGAUCAUUGUCUCAAAGCCACAAAGAAUCGUUGCACUUUGUCAAUACACACAUAGCUCACUGGCAGCCAGCACAGUGCUUUCAGGACCGGUGACACAUGGUCCCAUCAGCUGCCCCACUUACUGAUGUAGCAGCUGCAUUCUACAAUAGCUAUGCUAGCUGCAGCUUCCAGACCACCUUUAAGGGCAGCCCCACAUAGAGGACAUUACAGAAGUCCUGGCAGGAGAUCACUAGAGCAUGGACAAUGUGGCCACCCUAUCCCUGUCCUGGAAUGGCUCUACCUGGUGAACCAAGUUAAGCUGGGGUAGCCACAAAAGCCACAUGUGACCUUAGUGACAAGUUGAAAUCCAUGAGUACAACCCCUCCCAGAGCAGGUUGUUAAUAUCCAAUUCCCAGACAUGGGAACUGCCCACCCACGGCACCUCCAUCUUAUCAGGAUUCAGCCUCAGUUUACUGGCCCUCAUCCAGCCCAUCAUUGCUUCCAGACAGCUGUCUAAUACCUUCACAGCCUCUUUAUUUUAUUCAGAUCAAAUGGAUCUGAUCAGUCAUCCUUUUACAAUAAAGGGAUUGAUUCAAACAGCAGAGGCAAACAUCAGACUGUUCAGGAGGGCCCAGAGAGUACAGUCAACUUGACCCAGGAGACUGGCACUGCUUGGAAUAGAUGUCCUAAUGGUGACCAAGGGCUGUAAAUACCUGCUGUUUCUUAACCCUGUCUUUCAUAUAUAUUUGUUAGACCUGAUCAAGCUGAUGUCUUUAAUUGCUUUGCCAGUAUCAAAU